GAAGUAUGUAAGAAGUCAUUUAAACGGAAGGAUAAAUUAAACGAGCAUAUGCUUAGUCACACAGGAGAGAAGCCUCAUGUGUGUGAAGUAUGUAAGAAAUCCUUUAGUCAGAAGUCUACUUUAAACAGCCAUAUGCUUAUUCACACAGGAGAGAUACCUCAUGUGUGUCAAGUAUGUAUGAAGUCAUUUAGUCUAAAGUCUACUUUAAACUCCCAUAUGCUUAUUCACACAGGAGAGAAACCUCAUGUGUGUGAAGUAUGUAAGAAGGCCUUUAGUCAGAAGUCUCAUCUAAGCAGGCAUAUGCUUAUUCACACAGGAGAGAAACCUCAUGUGUGUGAAGUAUGUAAGAAGUCAUUUAAACGGAAGGAUAAAUUAAACGAGCAUAUGCUUAGUCACACAGGAGAGAAACCUCAUGUGUGUGAAGUAUGUAAGAAAUCCUUUAGUCAGAAGUCUACUUUAAACAGCCAUAUGCUUAUUCACACAGGAGAGAUACCUCAUGUGUGUCAAGUAUGUAUGAAGUCAUUUAGUCUAAAGUCUACUUUAAACUCCCAUAUGCUUAUUCACACAGGAGAG